AUGGUGCCGGCCCGGCCGUCUCGCCGUCCGAAGCGCGAAGACUACAGCUGGGGCAUCGACGGGUGCUGCAAGGGAUGGAGUGGCCAUCAUCCGGGUCGCGACGGCGAGGAGCCCGGCUACAGCGGCUACCUCCUUCUGAUCGUCGUCAUCACUAGCGUCAUGUUCGUGCCGGCGGUCAUCUUCUCGAUUAUCGCUGGGAUUGUCGGCUACAUCAUGGGCAAGAAAGGU